UGCAGAAUAAAAAAUAAUUUUUGUAAAGACUUCAGUACAAGCCCACUACCUUCCUGCAGCUUUAUACGAAAAUCCCUCUGCAGGCUUCAAUCCAGGUCCCACCCACUAAUCCAGCAAUUCGUAGCCUAUUCGUCGGGUCUGCCUUGAGCAGAGUGAUGGAUUGCACGCGGCCAUCGCCGGAGUUGCAGGAAAAAUCGCUGCUUUUUGCGGCGGCGACGAUGGCCGGCGUUCUUCUUUCUCUGUUAACUCCGGCGACCGCCGCCGUCGCCUACGACCACAAGGUGAUUAUAAUAAAUGGGCAGCGGAGGAUUCUCUUCUCCGGCUCCAUUCACUACCCGAGAAGCUCUCCAGAGAUGUGGGCGGAUCUUAUAGGGAAGGCUAAAGAUGGAGGGCUGGACGUUAUACAAACCUAUGUGUUCUGGAACGGCCAUGAACCCUCUCCUGGACAGUAUUAUUUUGAGGACAUGAUAUAUCUGGUUCGAUUUAUCAAAGCAGUUCAGGCAGGUGUCUACCGUCACCUCCGCAUGCCCUACAUCUGCGCUGAGUGGAACUUUGGGUCAAGCAGAGGAUUUCCAGUUUGGCUAAAAUAUGUUCCGGGGAUCAAAUUUCGAACUGAUAAUGAACCUUUCAAGGCUGCCAUGAAGAAUUUCACUGUAAAGAUUGUCUCCAUGAUGAAGUCUGAAGGACUAUUCGAGUGGCAAGGUGGCCCCAUCAUUCUCUGUCAGAUUGAGAAUGAAUUUGGACCAUUAGAGUGGGAUCAAGGCGAACCGGCAAAGGCCUAUGCGGCUUGGGCUGCACAGAUGGCUACAGGACUCGACACAGGUGUCCCAUGGAUCAUGUGUAAAGAAGAUGAUGCUCCUGAUCCUAUUAUCAAUACCUGGAAUGGGUUUUAUGGUGAUUAUUUCAGUCCAAAUCAACCUUACAAGCCCACCAUGUUUACAGAAGCUUGGACUGGCUGGUUCACAGGGUUUGGAGGUCCAGUGCCACACCGGCCUGUUGAGGACUUGGCUUUUUCCAUAGCAAAGUUUAUACAAAAAGGAGGCUCUUUUGCUAACUACUAUAUGUACCAUGGAGGAACAAACUUUGGCCGCACAGCUGGUGGCCCUUUCAUAGCAACUAGCUAUGACUAUGAUGCCCCAAUUGAUGAAUUUGGACUUUUGAGACAACCAAAAUGGGGUCAUUUGAAGGAUUUGCACAGAGCAAUUAAAUUGAGUGAAACAGCUUUGAUUUCUGGUGAUCCUAUUGUGAAGACACUUGGAAAUUCUCAAGAGUCACAUGUUUUCAGGUCAAAUUCUGGAGAUUGUGCGGCUUUUCUUGCCAAUUAUGAUACUCAAUUUUAUGGCAAGGUUACUUUUAAUGGACUGCAUUAUGAUCUUCCACCAUGGUCCAUUAGCAUCCUUCCAGAUUGCAAAACCACAAUUUUCAAUACUGCCAAGGUGGGAGCUCAGACCUCACUGAUGAAAAUGAAUCCUGUUGGAAACUUCUCUUGGCUAUCAUACAGUGAUGACAUCAAUUUUGAUGAUGAUAAGUCAUUCACCUUCGUGGGAUUAUUGGAGCAACUAAAUGUAACUAGAGAUAGUACUGACUACUUAUGGUACAGGACAAAUGUUGACAUUGCUGAAAACGAAAGCUUUUUGAAGAGUGGAGCCUAUCCAGUUCUAACUGUGAUGUCUGCAGGUCACUCUUUAAACGUGUUCAUCAAUGGGCAGCUAGCAGGCUCGGCUUAUGCUGGUUUGCAGGAUCCAAGACUCACAUAUUCUGGAAGUGUGAAGUUGUGGGCGGGCAACAACAUAAUUUCUAUCUUAAGUGCAUCAGUUGGUCUUCCCAAUGUUGGAGAGCAUUUUGAGUCUUGGAAUAUUGGGGUUCUUGGUCCAGUCACUUUAAAUGGUCUCAAUGAAGGAAGGAGAGAUCUUACGUCGCAGACAUGGACCUACCAGAUUGGUUUGAAAGGAGAAGCUCUAAAUCUUCACACUCUUAGUGGUAGCUCUUCAGUCGAGUGGGGAGAAUUACUCCCAAAACAACCAUUAACAUGGUACAAGGCCUUUUUCAAUGCACCAGAGGGAAAUGAUCCAUUGGCUAUUGAUAUGAUUAGUAUGGGAAAGGGGCAACUGUGGAUAAAUGGGCAAAGCAUAGGUAGAUAUUGGCCUGGUUAUAUUGCAACUGGCGAUUGCAGUCCAUGCGACUAUCGCGGAGAAUUCAAUGAGACCAAGUGCCAAAGCAAUUGUGGAGCACCCUCUCAAAGAUGGUACCAUGUUCCUCGCUCAUGGCUAAACCCAACAGGCAAUUUGAUGGUCUUGUUUGAAGAAUGGGGUGGAGAUCCGACUGGUAUUUCCAUGGCAACUAGGAAUGUAGGAAGUAUUUGUGCUCAUGUGUCUGAAUGGCAGCCAUCCAUGAUUAGUUGGCGUACUAAAGACUAUAAGAAUCCAAAGGUCCAUCUAUCUUGUGAGCAAGGAAAGAGGAUGACGACUAUAAAGUUUGCCAGUUUUGGGAAUCCUCAAGGAGCCUGCGGUAAUUACUCAGUUGGAAACUGCCAUGCCAAUAAAUCCUACGACGUGUUUGUAAAGAAAUGCCUAGGACAGCAACUGUGCUCAGUGGCAGUUAUUUCUGAAGUUUUUGGAGGAGACCCAUGCCCAGGUGUAUUGAAAGCUUCUGCAGUGGAGGCCAUUUGUGAAUAAGGCCAUUAUGGCUACAUAUACUAAACAAAAUAAGGUCUGAAUUUCACCUUUAUCUCUUAUGAACAUACACAAUUCAGUACAGAUUUCUAAAAUCUAAGAUUCAAAGAAAUAUUAGUACAGCUUCCGGAAGCGAAGUCAUGGUUUGCAAAAGAUGAUCACAGGUUGUAAAUACAUUAUUUUGUUAUCGUAAGUAAUCGAAAUGCUUAA